AUGCGACUCCAUUGCUUAUCUCAUGGUAACUUCCUGUAUUGGGCCGACAUUCGUGACUCUCGUUCGAUUGCGGCCACUACUUUAACGCCAUACUCUGAUGGGACCUCUGCACUCUGUGCUUGGCGGCCAGCGAAUAGUCAAGCGAUUAAAGCUGCGCUCUUUUUCCCCGCUACAAGCAGUUUGCCGAAUGCGAUUUGUGCAUGUACCCUGUCCGAAACAUACGAGCUGUUCGAAAUUGCCGCCGCCGCAUUGCUGAGAUUAUUUCCUGGCCGCUAUUGCAUGCUGGUGGGAUUUAUCCUACGAUUCUGA